AUGAUGAAAACCCAGAUUGGACUUGGUGUCCUUUCCAUGCCACUCGUUUUUGCUACGGUGGGACUGGUACCAGGUAAUAUUCUUCUCGUGGCUAUGGCCGGCAUCACAACUUGGUCGGACUAUAUGGUCGGUAUCAUCAAGCUUCGCCAUCCAGAUGUAUAUGGCAUCGACGAUGUGGGAAGGAUACUAUUUGGUCGAGUUGGAUAUGAGUUGUUCGGGGCUGCCUACGCCAUUUACUUCACUUUCGUUGCUGGAUCAGCCAUGCUCAGCAUCUCCAUCUCCUUGAAUGCUCUUUCGACACACGCGAUCUGCACAGCCGGUUUCGUGGCAAUUGCCGCUGUUGUUGGUUUCAUGUUUGCUAGCAUCAGAACACUUGAUAGAAUUGGCUUUUUGGCUUGGAUCGGUGCACUCUCGAUCAUCAUUGCGGUCUUCGUGGUCACCAUCGCCGUUGGGCUCCAGAGCCGCCCCUCCGAAGCACCUCGGUCCGGUCAUUGGGAGUCGGAUUACAAGCUUUUCAAUACUCCCACGUUUACGGAAGCCAUAUCUGCUGUUUCGACAUUGGUAUUCACAUAUGCUGGGACUCCAGCCUUCUUCAACAUCGUUGCCGAGAUGCGCCAACCACUCAUGUACAAUCGGUCACUUGUUAUUUGCCAGGUUACCGUCACCGCAGUCUACAUUAUUGUCGGCACUAUCGUAUACUAUUUUUGUGGAUCAUACGUCGCCUCUCCGGCUCUUGGAUCUGCCGGCGACACUGUCAAGAAGGUUUCAUAUGGCAUUGCCCUUCCUGGCUUGAUUGUCUCAUGCAUCCUGUUUAUCCACCUUUCUGCUAAGCACGUCUUCGUGCGGAUCUUGCGUGGAUCAGAUCACCUAACGGCCAAUAGCAUCAUACAUUGGGCAACUUGGCUUUCGUCGACGUUUGGCAUCACCACUAUCGCAUAUAUCAUCGCCAGUGCAAUUCCCGUAUUCUCGAGUCUCGUUUCGCUCAUCGGUGCUUUCUUAGGAACAUUCUUGACUUUUCAACCAUAUGCUGGAAUGUGGCUAUACGAUAACUGGAAAGGCAGUCGCACCUUGCGCUGGCAGUUUGGUGUGGUUUGGUCUGUUAUCAUUCUUCUCCUUGGCACUUUCUUGAUGGUAGGAGGGACAUAUGGUUCUGUAGUUGGUAUCAGGGACUCGUUUGUCAAGUCUGGGGGUUCCUCUCCGUGGUCAUGCGCUGAUAACUCGAACUCUACCUAA